AAAGGCCAGAAACGGAGACGGAGCAGCAAACACACUAGAGAGAGCAGGAGCCGCUAGGGCUCUUUCAUUUCCUUCGAGCAAAACACAGACGCGCAGAGAAAGAGAGGGGGAGAUCUGAAAGUGAAGAUGAGUGUAUGGAACUAUGUGGUCACUGCUCACAAGCCCACCAAUGUGACGCACUCUUGUGUCGGCAAUUUCACCAGUUCUCAAGAGCUCAAUCUCAUCAUUGCGAAAUGUACCCGUAUCGAAAUCAAUCUGCUUACUCCUCAGGGAUUACAGCCUAUGUUAGAUGUUCCAAUAUAUGGACGAAUUGCAACUCUCGAACUUUUCCGGCCUCAUGGUGAAGCUCAGGACUUUUUAUUUAUUGCAACAGAAAGAUACAAAUUCUGUGUGCUUCAGUGGGACGCAGAUACGUCUGAGCUAAUUACCAGAGCAAUGGGGGAUGUAUCAGACCGUAUAGGUCGCCCAACAGACAAUGGUCAGAUUGGCAUAAUUGAUCCUGAUUGUAGAUUAAUUGGACUCCAUUUGUAUGAUGGGUUGUUUAAGGUCAUUCCUUUUGAUAAUAGAGGACAGCUCAAAGAGGCUUUUAACAUAAGGCUUGAGGAACUUCAAGUUUUGGAUAUCAAAUUUCUUCAUGGUUGUUCAAAACCAACAAUUGUUGUUCUUUACCAGGAUAACAAGGAUGCCCGUCAUGUUAAAACAUAUGAGGUUGCUUUGAAAGAUAAAGACUUUAUUGAGGGUCCUUGGUCGCAGAACAAUCUUGACAAUGGUGCUGAUUUGCUAAUACCAGUUCCCCCACCUUUCUGUGGUGUUCUUAUUAUUGGGGAAGAAACAAUUGUAUAUUGCAGCGCCAAUGUUUUUAGAGCGAUCCCAAUCAGACCUUCUAUCACGAAAGCAUAUGGAAGAGUUGAUGCAGAUGGUUCUAGGUAUUUACUUGGCGAUCAUGCUGGGCUUCUUCACCUUCUAGUCAUAACCCAUGAGAAAGAAAAGGUCACUGGCCUCAAAAUUGAGCUAUUGGGAGAAACUUCUAUUGCAUCUACCAUAUCAUAUCUCGACAAUGCUUUUGUCUUUAUUGGUUCAAGCUACGGAGAUUCACAGCUUGUAAAGUUAAAUCUGCAACCUGAUGCAAAAGGUACAUAUGUAGAAGUUCUGGACAGGUAUGUCAAUUUGGGACCAAUUGUUGACUUCUGUGUGGUGGACCUGGAGCGGCAAGGCCAAGGUCAGGUUGUCACUUGCUCUGGAGCCUAUAAGGAUGGUUCUCUUCGGAUAGUUCGUAAUGGAAUAGGAAUCAAUGAACAGGCAUCUGUAGAGCUUCAAGGCAUCAAAGGAAUGUGGUCAUUAAGAUCUUUGACUGAUGAUCCAUUUGACACCUUUCUGGUUGUAAGUUUUAUUAGCGAGACAAGAAUUUUGGCAAUGAACAUUGAGGAUGAGUUGGAGGAAACUGAAAUAGAGGGUUUCUGUUCACAAGUGCAGACAUUGUUCUGCCAUUGUGCUGUGUUCAACCAGCUUGUACAAGUUACAUCAAGCUCUGUAAGACUGGUCAGUUCUACAACUAGAGAACUCAGACAGGAAUGGAAUGCUCCAUCAGGUUAUUCAAUAAAUGUCGCCACUGCUAAUGCCACCCAGGUUUUAUUGGCAACUGGUGGUGGCCACCUCGUCUAUCUGGAAAUCGGUGAUGGGACACUGACACAGGCAAAACAUGCACAGUUAGAGUGUGAGAUAUCAUGCCUGGACAUUAACCCCAUUGGAGAGAAUCCCAACUAUAGUCAACUAGCUGCGGUUGGAAUGUGGACAGACAUAAGUGUCAGGAUAUUUUCAUUGCCUGAUCUAAAUCUCAUAACAAAGGAGCCAUUGGGAGGAGAGAUAAUACCCCGUUCUGUUCUUCUAUGUUCCUUUGAAGGGAUAUCAUAUUUAUUAUGUGCCCUUGGAGACGGACACCUCUUGAACUUCCUACUGAACUUGAGUACUGGCGAGUUGAAAGAUAGGAAAAAGGUGUCUUUGGGGACCCAACCUAUAACACUCCGUACUUUCUCAUCGAAGAAUACCACACAUGUAUUUGCUGCAUCAGAUAGGCCAACUGUCAUUUACAGCAGCAACAAGAAACUACUUUACAGCAAUGUAAACUUGAAAGAAGUCAGUCAUAUGUGUCCUUUUAACUCUGCUGCAUUUCCAGACAGCCUUGCUAUUGCAAAAGAAGGGGAACUUAGCAUUGGCACCAUCGAUGAUAUCCAAAAGCUUCACAUCCGCUCUAUUCCAUUGGGUGAGCAUGCACGGCGUAUAUGUCACCAGGAGCAGUCUCGGACUUUCUCCAUUUGUAGUAUGAAAAACCAAUCCAAUGCAGAAGAAUCUGAAAUGCAUUUUAUUCGAUUGUUAGAUGAUCAAACCUUUGAGUUCAUAUCAACAUACCCACUUGACACAUUUGAGUAUGGCUGCUCCAUACUUAGCUGCUCCUUUUCUGAUGAUAGCAACGUGUACUAUUGUGUUGGAACUGCAUAUGUUUUGCCAGAAGAAAACGAGCCAACCAAGGGCCGAAUACUGGUUUUCAUAGUGGAAGAUGGGAAGUUGCAGCUUAUUGCUGAGAAGGAAACAAAGGGGGCAGUAUACUCUUUGAAUGCUUUCAAUGGAAAACUGCUGGCUGCUAUUAAUCAAAAGAUCCAGUUAUACAAGUGGAUGCUCCGAGAUGAUGGAACACGUGAGCUGCAGUCUGAGUGUGGGCAUCAUGGGCACAUACUUGCCCUCUAUGUACAAACUCGUGGAGAUUUCAUUGUUGUUGGUGAUCUGAUGAAGUCAAUCUCCUUGCUAAUCUAUAAGCAUGAGGAAGGUGCUAUUGAGGAGCGAGCCCGUGAUUAUAAUGCAAAUUGGAUGUCGGCAGUUGAGAUUCUUGAUGAUGACAUUUACCUUGGUGCUGAAAAUAACUUUAACCUAUUCACGGUUCGGAAAAAUAGUGAAGGUGCCACUGAUGAGGAACGAGGCCGUCUUGAGGUGGUCGGUGAGUAUCACCUUGGAGAAUUUGUAAAUCGAUUCCGACAUGGUUCCCUUGUCAUGCGCUUGCCAGAUUCCGAUGUUGGCCAGAUCCCAACUGUCAUUUUUGGGACUGUUAAUGGUGUAAUCGGGGUCAUUGCUUCACUUCCUCACGAGCAAUACCUCUUUUUGGAGAAGCUGCAGUCAAACUUAAGAAAGGUGAUAAAGGGUGUUGGAGGAUUGAGCCAUGAGCAAUGGAGAUCAUUCAACAAUGAGAAGAAAACUGUAGAUGCCAAGAAUUUCUUGGAUGGAGAUCUUAUCGAGUCAUUCCUUGAUCUCAGCCGUAGUCGGAUGGAUGAGAUAUCCAAUGCAAUGGAGAUCUCCGUGGAGGAGCUUUGCAAGAGAGUGGAGGAGCUGACAAGGCUGCAUUGAUUCAGUCUCGAUCAUGUCUACUCGUUUGUUCAAUUUUUUUUUUUGGUUGCUUUGUUGCACAUGGACGAAUCAUGUCUUGUCGGUUUGGAGGGAUAUCCAAGGACGAACCGUUUCUUGUAAGGAAUCCAGAGGUGUAUGUACAACAUUUUUUAAAAAAUCAUGUUCAUAUGUUAUUUAGAGACCUGCAUGUGGAGUUAGCCUA